AGCAUGCUUGAUGACUCACUGAAGGAGGAGUCUCACAUUUGGCAUGUGAUUGGUGGAGAUAAACCGGGUUUCGUAGUUGGUACUUUUCAAGAUGCUAAAUUUAAUAGUCCUCAAGGGGUGGUGUUUCACCAUCCAACUUUGCUGUACGUUGCAGACACAGAAAACCACGCUGUCAGAGAGCUACAAGUUUGGAACACCCAAUGUGAAGCCGUAACAAAAGCAAAUAUCAAUUUGCAAUCACUGCGUGUCAUAACACUCGUUGGCAGAGGAGUUGAAGGUUUGGAUCUUGUCAGUGGAGCGCAGUUUAGAGAACUGGUGAUCUCAUCACCAUGGGAUCUGUGCCUGGUGUCUAGCACUGUGAUUUCAGGGGCAUAA